CUAAAACAUAAAAUUUCACUAUAACUUUUUUAAAUAUUACUACCUUGUGAUAUGACAAUAUCAUUGUGACACUAAUAAGGAUAAAAUCUCAUUCCAGUUCAAGGAUAUCUUUAGAAUAUCCUGGUCUGGACAUAGAAUAUCCUAUGAUACGCUAGGAAGCUUUGCAAAUAAAGCAAUCUUUAAAUGCUUAUACAUAUGUAUUCAAUUACAAAUUUUUUCUUGGAAGUCCGGGCUCCUUCGAGCCUCCCGCCCUCCCCUGUCUCCACCUGCAUGCAUGGGACUAUGGGAGGUAGCUAAUUAAAUUGAAUUGGAUUUUUGGAUGCACCUUAAUCCACUGGCAAGUUGAGAUCGAGUAGUGGAAACUGCCAUCUUAUCUUUGCAGUUAAUAUUUGGUUGGCGGUUGGCCACUUGAUUAUUUGAAAACAAAUUCUGUGACACUGAUUUUGCCGCAUCUGGUAUGCAUGCGCAAAUUAUUCUCACACUUUAAAUGGUGUGGUUUUAUGUUCAUCUUUUCUUUCCUUUUCUUAUAAUAUUUUCAUCUCUUUCUAUAUUUUGCCAUUCUUUCCUCUUUUUCUCGCUCUCUAUCAAAAUACUAAAAAAUUAAAUUAAAUGUAAUUGUAUUUUUCUUCAUCUUCAACUUAAAUCACAAUUGAAUCUACUUUUUUUAUUCUUUAUCUAAUCUAAAAAAAUAAGUAUCGUUGCAUUUAAUAUUCAUAUGACAUUUCUUUUCUAUAAUACUUCUUUUUAUAUUCAUAAACUGUAUCUAUAAUAUAUUUUUUCAUAUUAAUACACCUUUUUAUGUAAUGCCAAACAACUUGUAGUUCGAUAACAUCACUUUGACACCCUGAAUGAGAAGGUCACAAGGUCACAAGGUCACAAGUUAAUUAACUCAAUUUAAGAAUGUUGGCAUUUAACAAAUAAAAGCAAAUACUAUGAUAGAAAUGCGACCACAUAAAAACACUUUUUAUGUAAUAUGUAUUGAUAUCUUAGUGGGGUUUUAAGGCAUUUUUAUGUAUUUUAUUGACACUUUAUCUGUGCAAAUCGUAAAGUAAAUGACACCAGUGUUCUGUGCAGACAAGAAGAAGUUUUCUAGCAGGAGUUUUGAAUCCGAUAGUCGUAUCUGUGCAGGAUUGACCAGUAUAGCAGUACCUAUAAAUGGAUUCACAAGACAAUGUUAAUAAUGUUAACAUUUCAUUUGCUGGUGCCAAAGAACCUGCCAAUUAUGUGAUGCCACCCCAUAAUUUGAACCAAUUCAGUCCAUUGAACAUCCCCAUGCAACCUAUAUAUCACUUUGAUCCAAGUAAUGGAUCAUAUGCUGUUCAUAUGGAUCAAAACAACAUGCCCAGAUUCUCUUUCCAAAAUAUGAUGAAUGCUCCUCUUAGUACUCGGAAUGGCGAGUCAUCGAAUGCAGCAAAAAAGAGGGCAAAAGGCAUUCAAGAUACUGAGGCCUCUCAACUUGCAAUACUUAAGCAGGACUGGACAACCGAAGAGGAGGUUGCAUUGACAGAGGCCUGGUUGUAUAUAUCUACAGAUGCUGAUGUGGGAACCAAUCAAAGGAGUACAGCUAUGUGGAAUCGUAUAUUAGAUGUCUGGAAGGAGAAAAUGGGGCCGGGGCACUCAAAAAAAAGAAAUAACAAUGCCUUACAGUGUCAUUGGCACCAGAUCCGAGGUGCAGUUUCAAAGUUUGUGGCAAAAUACGAGCAACUAGAAAGACAUCCAAAAAGUGGUUCAAACUCAGAGGAUUUGCUAAGGAAGGCAUUGGAGUUGUACAAAGAUUUUUAUGGGACUCAUUUCAAAUUUCUUCAUUGUUGGACACUCUUGGCCAAGAACUCAAAAUGGUGUUCAGAGAAUCUUACUAAGACAGGGGCACAAUCCAAAGGUAAAUCUGAUAAAACUAAAGCACCGUUGGUAGAUGACUCUUCGACUCCUAUCGGUGAAGAUCAACCUCCACCCGAUGCCAUCAACUCUGAAAGUGUUGUGCGCCCACAAGGAAGGAAAGCAUGUAAAGAAAAAAAGCGAAAGCUAGCAACGUCGUCGAUGCAUUGAAUAAGCUGCAAAGUACUCUAGACAAACAAGUCACUUUCAAUAUCACAACCAUGGAGUUGAGAAAUGAGAAGGACGAAAAAGAAUUUCAGUUGAAAGAGCAAGUGAUGAAAAAAGAGAUAGAACUGAAGGAGAAUGAUCAAAAGUUGAAGGAGAAAGCUCAGAAGUCCAGGGCCGAAGACCGUGCAAUGAAGUUAACACAACAGAGGAGACAAGAUCAGAAGUGCAUUCUGAACCAAGAUCUAAGCAAGUUAUCGGAAUCAGUUCGAACCUCUUAUGAAAUCAUGCAAGCUGAGAUUUUGAAAGAAUGGAAAAGAGAUAGUGUCUUCUAGCUAAACAUAUGUAUUAAGUGCUUUUUAAGUUAGUUUAUCACGUUGGUACUUUGUCAUUCCCUUAGUAGGUGUAUGCUUCUUUACUGUCCUCUUGAGUACAUUUUAAUUAUUGAUUUUUUCUAUUCCAUGUUUGGAAUAGAAAGAGUUUAGUUUUAAAGGCCUUUUGAACCUUUGCAUAUUGCAUUAUCUAUAAAAAUUAGUUUUUAGAGAAUAUGUUGGUUUCAUG